AUGGGUGAUCAAUACAUGCCGAUAGACGUGAGUUCAAUUUUAAAAAAGAAGAAUGAAUAAGGAUUAGAGAUUGAUUUCAACAAUAUAUUGGCUAUAAAAAUCUUUGAAAAAAAAAAUUAAAUUUUCCAAAAACAAAACUCCUUUUUGCACAAUUUGGCGGGGAUAGCUUUGAAAAAAUCGACUAAAAUCAAUACUGAUUAAUCGGGAUUGGCCAGUGAGAGAAAAUAAUCUCCAAAUGCGGAAAAAUCUAGUUUUUUUUUCGGAUUUUUUACCAAAAUUCUCUAUUUUAUCAUGGAGCAGGGAGCUGGAGCUGGAGCUGCACUUCCGCCACCCGGAAAUGGUGCUCCACUUCCACCGCCGCCGUCAAUGCCGUCAGCGUCAGGUGUCUCUUUGGAUGACAAGUAUUCUCAAGAACACAACUACUUCGACGACACCAACGAUGCUGCCGUCCACAGCGCUUCGUUCGUUCCGAACUCUCUUCUUAUUCAAAUUUAUUUUUGUUUUUCAGCUCGAAAUAUUACGGACUUGUCGCGCCCGUCAGUGGAGAACGAGUUAUGACUGUUCGUGGACGGAAUUUCAAAGAGGCUCAGGUUAUUAUCUUUAUUAAACACGAUUCAUCAUUUUUGUUGAAGAAAAAAGACAUGAUUCACUGCCUCAUCGCAACAGUCGUCGUUUCUAUCAUACCAGCCAUUUUUGGUGUUUGUUUCGCUCUUUCUGUCAUGGGUGUCAUAUAAGGCAAUAAAUAUUUCUUUGAAUAAUUUUGUUGAAGUUGAAAAGUAUUUCCACACUUGAACGAUUUCACGCACCGGAUUGCAUCUUCCCACAAAAAUUUUUUGAAAAAAAAGCGCUCAUCAAACGUUUUUUUUAACGCCGUGUACGGUACCCAAGAAAGGUGUCUGCACGUUGAUCAUACGGACUAUGCACUUUACUUAACGACUUUGAGUUUUUGUUUCGGUUUUACUCAAUUGAGUCAACCCGGGUUGUCAACCCAGUCAUACCCAUUAAUUUUUUUAUGGUGUGUUCAUCGGACAAAACGAAAAUUGUUCCGAAACGCGAAAAAAUUGCUUCAAAACAAAAAUUAGUACUGUUUUGGAGCAACUUUGAACACGAUUUUUCGUUUUGAAGCAUGUUCCGUUUCUCCAAUGAACACGCCAUUAGCUUUGUUUUGAAUUGGUUUAGCAUUAGUUUCAUCAUUGAUUCAUAAAAUAGAGGCCUGGGCCGAGAAAGAAUAAAAUUUACUUGCGACUUUUUUCUCGCGCGUAUAUAAUCACUGUCAUUUCAAAAUAAAAGAACGUUUUAAAAGAACAAAAAAGAAAAAGAUACCGUAAAUACAACUUUUUGCUUUACGAAACAGCUUAAAAGACGGCGGACCACUAAAAUCUGAAAGCGUAGAUGCUCUAUUUUGAUCUAUUUUGUUAUGGGGUGUUUUUGACCGCCAAAAAAACUUGACAUGCUGGCGCGUGCGGAAUAGGCUAUAUACAAAAUCGGACCGACUUUGACCAAACUGCCUCAAAACGAACUUUUUUUUUGCUGAAUUUUUUUGCAGUUUUUAGAGUGAAAGGGCGUGUUCGCGGCAGCUUUCUUUCUUUUGUGCUUCGUUAACGUCUAGCGCGGAACACGCAGUAGGUCAAAGGACGUCAAAUCGCUGGUUCUUCUAUGUAGAAGUUAAUUUUUGAUUAUUCGGUAGAUUAGUAGUUUUUCUUUCCAACUCAUGUUUCGUUAAUUUUUCAAUACUUCAUAUUUUUCUGUUUUUGAUUGCUUUGCGUCAUUUUUUUUUUUUCUUGUUACAGUUUCAAGCGAAGACUCAUAUCAAGGUCUAGGAGAGUCAAAAAAAUAAUAAUAAGUUAAAUUCUAAAUUUAUUGGUUUUUAAGAAGGUUCUCGUUCUUUUGCUCACAUUCUAAAGAUAUCUAUAAUGUUAAUUGAAAACGUACAGAAAUAUUCUGACUCACAGAGGAACCUUGUUCGAAGUUUCAUUUUAUCAGUAUUUUAUCCAAGCUACAAAACCAACUUGAUAUAUUUACACUCGUGAUAGAUUUGGUUGGAUUUUUUUUGAAAACUGAAGAAAAACUCGAUUAUAUUAACUUUCAAAUUGAGUCAAAAAAAAAAAAUAGUAAAAGGUUUCUUUUUUUUUAAUGAAAAGUAUCACUUAUUAAAAUUCCUAUAGUUGUUUUCAUUUUUUUUUCAGACUCAUAGUCCUCAAGAUUGUUUGAAUCUUCUUAUCAAAAAAAUGAAGAGAAUUUAUAAAUGAAUCCCACGUUCUCGGGCGAAUGAGCGACGGCGCCGCAGUAUUUCUGUACAAAACCGGGAGAAAUCUCAAACUUUUUUAUUCUUGUUUCGCAAUCACAAUUUUAUUUUCUCCUUACCAUUUAAAACACUUCAUUGGAAAAAAAAAAUCGAUUUUUUCAGCUCGAACAUAAUAAUAUUUUGGGCGGAAUUCCUCCAUUGGCUGCCUUUUUUUCAUCUGAUUGGUAAGGUCUUUUUUUAAAUUACGGAUUGUUUAUAUGUGAUAUCGAUUAGGAUGACGUUAAAUUUUGUUCCUUUCGACUUCACUUCGCAAAUUAUGUGGUUUCAAAGUUUCGAAAUUUGAGAAAAAUCAUAUCGCUAAAACUUCAAAUAAAAGGAAGUAUUUGGGAAACAAUUGUUUUAAACAGUUCACAGACUUGUUAUCUUGAAGGCAUUCACGACUCGUUUGAAAAAUGAAUUCGCGCCAAUAGAGGUCAACAAAUUGCUCUGCCGAACUUUUCGGCGGUCGUCUUUAUAUCAUUGAUUAAAAGUUCAAAGGUUCUAAAGCCCGUUUACGGCUGGCUUGGGACAGCGAACGGGCGGUUUGGUUUACGUGGCGAAGGUAGAUCAUGGCGACUAUUCAUGCGCCUUCCAUCAAAGCCCCAUUUUAUGACUUAUUUAACUUUCUCUUAUUAUUCGUCGAUUUAAGAAAAUCUAAAAACCAAUGAAAUGAGUGCAAACAUGAAAUAAACUUAAUAGAAACAGUAAUAAUUCACCAAAUGAGGCUCUUAUCAAAGGCGCAUAUUUGACCGCCAUGAUCUACCAUCGCCGCGCAAAUGAAACCGCCCGUUCGCUGUCCCAAGUCACCCGUGAACGGGCUAUAUUUUUACAUUUUGUCUCAAACCAGACGUGAAUGCUUAAAGUUCAUGAUAUUGACAUUUCAUCCUUUAGAGAUCAUUCAAAUGUAAUUAUUAUAUUAUUUAGCGAUGGUGUUGGGAAUAAUCAGCUUGUUUUUUUCGCGUGUUUUUUUGGCUAUGGCAUUUUUAUUUUGAGAAAGAAUGAAGAGAAAAAAAUAAGAUUUGGAUCUAGAGUUUGUUUUUCGAAGUUCCAAUUAUAUCAUAAUAUUCCAACAGCGCGGAGGGAAAUGUUUGUGUGCUUUGAAGAUUUGAUAGAUUUCCAAUUUUGCAGUCAAAAACAGCAGCAAGAAAAUGGAUUUUGAGCGACAUUGUUGGCGUCGACGGUUUUUUUUCGCCUACUUAUCUUUAUUUUCUUUUUUUACACGUUUUUCUACAUGUAAAAGCUUCCGUAGCGCGCUAUUCCCCCUUUUCAAGACGUUAUUCCGAUAAAAAUGUUGCCAUUCGGCUCGUGUCCGUGUUUCUUCUCUUCCUGCGGUCAAUUGUCUCCGAGUCUGAGAUUCGACUCUUACAACCUCGGCCAGCUCUUUUUCCUCGGAAAUCACAUGGAAUCUCAAUCAGAUAUAUACAGGCCAAACAAUCAAAGGCGCCACUUUCUUCGAGCUUCACGUUUUUUUCGAUGAAAAAAUUUAUUACGCUCCCUUUUUCCUUUUUUCAAACCUUUCCCAACAUAACUUAUCAUCAUUUCUCAGCACAGUUUAUAAGCGUUUUUCAAUUAUUUCUUGUUGAUCUAUUUACCUUCAUUAGUUCUUAUGUUAAUUUUUUUCUUCGCUCCGGCCCCUUACAAGGAAAGUGUGUAAGGUGAACAAUGCAGAUCUGGUCCGAACUUCUGUGGUGGAUAGUCCUAGGUACCAGUACUCGAAAAUAAAAAGAAAUAUCUGCUAAGCGCCAGAGGGUAUUGAGAAAUAGCCUCUCGAAAAUGUACGGAAAAAGCUCAAAAACUGAUUUUGUUCAAUUUUCCAACUUCCAAAAGGCUAAGCAAAAAGGGAAAAUGCUGACGAUGGGACACCCUCUCAAGCCGUACAUUUUGAGACCCGAAACAGUUGCGCGAAAUUUUCAUCUCUAUUUACUUAUUCAAUUCGUCAUCGUCUAUCACAAAAUUUCCUCAGGUUUAUAUUACAUAAAAAGGUCAUUUCGGUAGGAAAUUCAUAAUUGAAAAACUUUGUCCAAUUUUUUCGAAAAUUUCAAAAACAAAACAUUUUCUUCUAAAGAAAAUUAAAUUUUCAAGUACUUUCGAAAUUUCUGUUGUCUAAAAUCUGCGAUUGCCCUGGUUCAGCAUUUUAUAUUCCGUUCAGGAUCAACGGACUAAGAGCGAGCGACUUCAAAAUGGAGCGGCAUUUCGGAAACAACGGUUAGCACAAUUUCAUUAUGACUGCCAACUUAUUUCGGAAACUAAUUAUGUUUUUUACUUAUUUAAGAAAUAAAUCGUAGAUCGGGCUCUAUUUUUGGGGUAAUUACAAUUAGGGAAGAGUAUUCAAAGCCAAAAAUAAAAUGUCUGCUGUGUGCCAUUGGGUACCGAGUAGGUAGUACAGGUCGAAAAAUUGGGAAUCUGGAGAAAAAUUUUGAUACAAUUUUCUGCGCUAACUCGAGUCGAAAUGAUUUUUAUUGGUAUCCUAUAACACUUAGAAGGGCAGUUAUUAUUAUUAUAUAUAUUUUUUGAGUUUUUUUCUCUUGAUUUGAAAAAAAGUUGCUCUUUUUAGUUUUUCCCAUCUAUUUUUUUCAAAUCAAUAAUCUUCGUAUCUGAUUUGCUUUUCAUGCUAAAUUUUUUCAGAAAACGAUCAUCUUGGCGCGGAAGAGCCUGUGAUUCAAACUGACAGAAGACUGCGUAUUUGGCUUGCAAAUGAGACAAGAUCUCCUUCUCCAAUGCGUCGUCGUCGAUCGGCCAGACCUUUGGAGAGAAUAUUCCUCGGUCCACCUACCGCCGCUGAAGCUUCAAUCACUGAACAAAACCGGACGAGAGGCCUGAUUGCACAAGAGAUAGUCCAGUUAGCGAGCAUGGCCUUCGCCCCGACAGGACAAAUCUCUGACUCUCCUCCUGAAAACGAAGAAUACUUCCAACUUUCUCCUCAAUCUGAGGAAUCAUCAGAAGAAGAAAGCGAGGAGGACGUUUUAAGCUCAGAAAAUCAUUCAGUAUAUGAUGAUGAACCUCCACAAGAAGCACCAGCUCAGAAUUAUGUUCGUGGACUCCUUCAACCAUCUUUUUCUGGUUUCACCAACCAACAGCAGCAUCAACAUCCCCUCCAUGUAGCGAAUGUUCCGCAACAUCAGAGAUCAUUCAUCCCGAUCGAUAUACCUCCGCAACCUGUUUUAUCCUCUCAUCCAAGAUAUCCAUUUGCACCAACUCAAUACAUGCAGCAACCUCCAAUGCAUCACCCGCAGCAGCCAUUUCUACAGACGGGUGCAAAUAAUGAGGAAUUCGGACAUUCACUUCUUUCGCAAUCAGGGCAAGGGACUUCCCAACAUUACGGUCACCCUAUGCCGAAUCCGCAGUCGCAGCUAAGUCAGUCGGCUGCUCAACAAUUUCCAUCUAUGGCACAGCAGCAGUGGCAAUCAGGGCAAGGGACUUCCCAGCAUUACGGUCACCCUAUGCCGAAUCCGCAGUCGCAGCUAAGUCAGUCGGCUGCUCAACAAUUUCCAUCUAUGGCACAGCAGCAGUGGCAUUCAGGGCAAGGGACUUCCCAGCAUUACGGUCACCCUAUGCCGAAUCCGCAGUCGCAGCUAAGUCAGUCGGCUGCUCAACAAUUUCCAUCUAUGGCACAGCAGCAGUGGCAUUCAGGGCAAGGGACUUCCCAGCAUUACGGUCACCCUAUGCCGAAUCCGCAGUCGCAGCUAAGUCAGUCGGCUGCUCAACAAUUUCCAUCUAUGGCACAGCAGCAGUGGCAUUCAGGGCAAGGGACUUCCCAGCAUUACGGUCACCCUAUGCCGAAUCCGCAGUCGCAGCUAAGUCAGUCGGCUGCUCAACAAUUUCCAUCUAUGGCACAGCAGCAGUGGCAUUCAGGGCAAGGGACUUCCCAGCAUUACGGUCACCCUAUGCCGAAUCUGCAGUCGCAGCAAAGUCAAUCGGCUUCUCAGCACCAAGGUCGCCCUAUUCCGAAUCCACAGUCGCAGCAAAGUCAAUCGGCUUCUCAGCACCAGGGUCGCCCUCUGCCGAAUUCGCAAUCGCAGCAAAGUCAGUCGACUGCUCAACAAUUUCCAUCUAUGGCACAGCAGCAGUGGCAUUCAGGGCGAGGGACUUCCCAGCAUUACGGUCACCCUAUGCCGAAUCUGCAGUCGCAGCAAAGUCAAUCGGCUUCUCAGCACCAAGGUCGCCCUAUUCCGAAUCCACAGUCGCAGCAAAGUCAAUCGGCUUCUCAGCACCAGGGUCGCCCUCUGCCGAAUUCGCAAUCGCAGCAAAGUCAGUCGACUGCUCAACAAUUUUCACCUACGACACAGCCGCAGUUGCAGUCAGGGCAGACGCCUUCUCGGCAAAUCCGGCCCAUGCAAACACAGCAUGUACUCGACGACGCUCCUGGACCUAGUCGUCCGGGUCCUUCAAAUGUUCGUUAGGAUUUCCUCACCAUUCAUUUUAUAAUCGAGCAUCCCACAACCAAACUGAAGUUCUCAGAGUUUUCCAAAAAAAUGCUCUUGAGUGAGAUAGCAGAGCACAGAGAAAGAGACUUUAGGGCAGAUUGACAUUGCAACAGUCCUGGUUCCAUUAUUAUUAUCUUAAAGUGAAAGAAAAUUUAGGAUUCAAGUAUUAGCGAUCUCGAAAUGAGUCGUUUUGAAAAAUUUCGGUUAGUUUGAAACAACUUCGAUUCGAAAAUAAUGAGUUUUUUUUCACUUCUUUAAAAGGUCUUUCAGGUUUUUCCGCGCGGUUCACCAACCAGAAGAAAUUCUCUCAAACUCGAAGCCGAAUUCGUGGAAAGUUCAGCUACAACCGAGCAGUUAUCGAUGGCUAAUGUUGGUUUGAUGGUUUUUCGAGGAAGUCAGUUGAGAAACUAUAGUAAAUCGUGAAGCUUGGCUUUUGAACUUACCUUUGUUCGGUUCCUUCAUUUUGAAGAGACACGCGAAGGUUUUUCUAGGAAGUUUGAUUAUCUUUUUUUCCGUAUUUUUUUUUAUAGAUUUUUUUGGAUAUUUUUUUCGGUUAUACACAAGAAGCUUCCGGAAAAAUAAAUAAAAGUUAGCGAAAUGGGAAGACUGAUAAGUCUGAAGUUCAGGUAUAAAAGAUAUUUCCAAAUUACCGGUGGACGCUGAAAAAAAGUUCAUUUAUGCAUAGAGAAGUUUGAGUUUCAUUCGCCACACUAUAAAUUAAUUUGAGCCCGUAUGCAAUAAAGUGGAGAAUAGUUUCAGCGAUUUUCCUGCAACUCGAGAACAAGUUCAGUUCGUCCUUUAUGACUUAGAAAUGUGCUCUCUCUACUUUAUUCCACACUGGCGGGCUUCAGGGCUUUUCUUCUUCACCUGCCGAGUCGGAAAAAAAAUAAAUUAAAAUGAUAUUCUUUUUUUUUUCGGAUACUCCGCAGAAAAUUGAAAAAAUGAUUACGAUUUUUGAUAAGCGCUCGCUUGAAAAGUGUGAUUCAAAAGAUAAAUAAUCUUCGGCUGAGGUCCAAGGCGUCGUCGAAGGUUGACUCAAAAUCCGAACAGCUCGAGGAUUUUGCAACUUAAAUGAACUUAAUUAUAACGUUUUUUUUCUUUCAGAAGUCGGUUGAAGUAGUUUCGGGUUUGGCUGCUGAAAAGGAGGCUGAUAGAAAUCUCUCGGUUUCGACAGCAGCUGAACAAGCAGAAGAAGUGCCUGGACCAAGAAGAUCACCAAGGAUACGCCGUAAUGAAGGUUUCGUACCGCGAUUAUUUCUUGAAGCGAAAUUUAUCAUCAGCUGUGGAGCUGCCGCCAAAUAGAAAACAACGAGAAACAGAUUCUGAAGAAUCUUCCGGAGAGUCCGUUCCCGAAACGAGUUCUAGGACCAAGACUCUUCCCGUGGUUUGAAUAUUGAUUUGAGAAAACUCUCCCCUUCAUAUUCCAUUUUCUAGACCGUAGAGCAAGAAGAAGUUGCUGUUCAGUCAAGUUCAGUCCGAUUCGAGGAGACGACUGAAUCUAGAGAUUCGCAACAAGCUUCUCAAGUUCCGGUAUUUUUUUCAAUUGACAGCAUCUAAUGCAUGAUCAUGAGGGAAGAUAAUUAUCACAGAAAAACUGUUCAAAAUCGGAAUAAUUUAUAACGAAGUUUGUUGAAAACUUGACCAUUUUUUCAAUCAAUUUUCUUCAUUGAAGCUGUUGGUCAGAACCUUUAUUUAACAGGUCGCCUCGGAUCGUACUCCGAGAAACGCCUCCAUAGACGAAGACGUGAUUAUCGACGAGAGCGCUCAUCUUCUUUCGGGCGGUCCAGCGUCUACGAGUUCAUCGCUGGACGAUAUGCACUCUCGGAUGCAACCGCAACCUGGGUUCGAAGCCCAAGAUGUCCCAGGACCUUCUUCGCAGCGUAGAGAACUCCAAAGAUUUGAACAUGAAACGGCCGAUCCGGCGCGAAUUCCUUCACCAGCGCUUGAGCAGGCUCAAAGCUCUCCGGAUUCGAUAAAUGAAGCUCCUGCGACGCCUCCACACAACAGCCAAGCUCCUUCUCAGCCAACAUCUCAAGAAGACUUUGAGCAGCGAAGAGAACUCGUAUUCAAUAUGCGAAUGAGCACCCCUAUACUACCUGAUCAACAAAGACAUUACUUCGAAAUGAGUGCUGAUCCCGAAGGAGGUCAUCGGGCGGAGGUCCAAUGCAAUUUUUCUGAUGUUCUUUUGAAGAAUGGCAAAACAAUAACAAUCCGGAGCUCAUAUUCGUGUGUUCCUUUCCACACACUACAAGAAGAUCCACGUGCAGCAGUCUCACAAGCUGUGGAGGAUGCGCAUGAACCAGUCAUACAGGCGGAACGAGAAUUGCAACCAGGAAAUGCUGCUGCAUCCGCUGAACAACCAGAAGAAGAGCCCGGGCCAAGUCGAUCGCCACGGAAACGCCGUAAUGAAGGUUUUCCGCCGCGAUUAUUUCUUUAAGAGGAAAGUUGCCUUCAGCUGUGGAGCUGCCGCCAAACAAAAAGCAUCGAGAAACUGAACCUGAAGGAUCUUCCGGAGAUCCCGUUCCCGGAGCGAUUUCUGCAUCUAGGCUAGAGGCUCUGCCUGUGGUUUGAAUAUUGCUUUAGUAGAAUUUACUGUUUCACAUUCCAUUUUCCAGACCGUAGAGCAAGAAGAAGUUGCUGUUCAGUCAAGUUCAGUCCGACUCGAAGAGGCAAUUGGAGAUUUUCAGCUGGCUUGUCAAGUUUCAGUACGUUUUGUCGAGAAAAAGACGAUAUCCAGAUUUUUGGCUCGUUUAAUGGUUUUCCGCUAGCUUAUUCUCUAGAAGUACUCUUUCUCUGCUUUUUUGAAAUGCAGAAAGAAAAAUUUUCAAUCUUGAAAUUUUUUUUUCUAGCUGUGAACUGGCUAAACUGGUUAUCCGUCAUUUUCAGAAUUCAGAAUUCAUAACUCAAUUUAAAUGUUUAAAGAUGGCUCUGUUACAAGGUUUACCUGGACCAUCUACAGCAGAUGACCGGGUGGUUAGUUGUAGCUUUGAUUUUUUUCUAUUGUCCCGAAGAUAUUUAUUAUGGAUGCAACAGGUCUUUUUCAGCGAGAAGCGGACGCCGUCUCGGAAAAAGAUGUCAGCUCGUCUUAUUAUAUACCGGCGUCGAGAUGCUCUGAGUUUCAGACUUAUCAAAACCUGAUAAAAGAAGAGUCGACCGACAGCUCCGAUCCUGCGACUGCGGGUUUGUUUUGAGAAGUGUAAAAUUCGACAAAAGUAUUCUGAUCGAAAUUUUUAUUCGUAUUAACAAUACUUUGCUAUCGUCAUGUAUUCUGUUUUCCGAAAAAUAAUUCUUUUUCUGUGACUUCUCGGGUUGACGUUUUACUGACAGAAUAAUUUUUUUUUUCUUCACUUCCUUUACUGCUCUAAUACGUUUUUUUUCAGUGGAACCGCCUUCCAACCCUGAACAAGAGGUCCAGUUAAAUCGAAGAGACGAAGUUGUGAGUUUACCAACGAAAACUACUGGGGAAGCAUUCAUCGACCCAGAAGCAGUUGUUUUUCCUCGAAUUUGUGAUUCUGGAUCAUAAAAAAAACUAAAUUUUCAUGAAAAUCCUCUUUUUUGAAAAUGUUUUUGUCAGGUGUCUGAUGUCGGAAAUGAGCAAGAGUCUCACGAUGUGCGACGAGUGGUGGUCGCCAAUCCAGAUAAUGACCCAAAGUACUAGUUUAAAUCUAGUUUUUGUUCAGUCUUCCUUUUUAUUUCCCAGGAUCCUUUGAAAAUAUAUUUUCAUUUCAGUUUGAACGUGGAGGAUACACAAGAGGGGAGUGACAUCAGUGCUUCUGCAGGUUAGCUUUUCAUCAAUAUCGCAAAAAAGGCAAACAUUUUCGAUAGUUACACUACUGGUAUAUUAUAGCCGCUGUGGAACAUUCCGAGGAGGGACAUCCAAAAAUCGUUGUGACAGGCCCGGGGUCGUCUGCAGGAAACACCCCGAUGGAAGAUCAACCAGGACCGAGUGGCCUCGGAGAAGCGAGAGACGCCGGGGGCGACACAGAAGGCAGGGAAGAAGGACCCGCCAGAAGACUCAGACCGCGUCCUCCCACGAGUCCGACAGUGGGAAGAGGAAGUCGUACCCGAAAACUGUACAAUCCGAAGGGAGAGCGUCCCAAACGCUCAACAGCCAAGAAAAGUCUGAACUGA